CACAGUUUCUAUUUCUUCAGAAAAGUUGAGAGGAAAAAAUUUAACACCAACUGUCACUGAAGUAAGUGACGUUUGUGAAUCAGAGGGUAAAGUCUCAUGAGUCAUUCUGAUUAGGUGGAAUACCUGGCAGUUUCGUUCCUUGCAAGACUUUAAGCCAUCUCACGGCUUUCCACUAAAGGAGCUUAACAAAUAUGUCCUGUGGAAAUCAUGAAGGUGCAGUCACUACUUAAUCUUUAUCUUUUGACUGUUCUUGUACAACCUCUGAUUGGAUUUGAUGAUGGAUUUCCUUCUCCUUAUUUUAACAGACUGUUUUCUCAGCCUAUGACUACUGUUGUUGGAAGGCUUUAUGAAGAUGUGAUCCUUCCUUGCUCAUUCGAGAAAGGGCAUGGCAUAGUGAUUCAUUGGCAGAAAGAGGGUAAGCUGGUACACAGUUACUACAGAGAGAGUGACCAUCUGGAACAACAGGAGCCAGAUUAUGCCAAAAGGACAUCCCUUUUUCUCAAUGAAAUCAACAAUGGAAAUGCCUCACUAGAACUUAGGAGGUUAAACCUCCAAGAUGAAGGAGUUUAUACUUGCUAUGCAGCAACAGUAGCUGAGACCAAGCAUAUAGAAGUAGAGCUGAAGUUGGGUGAAAUGAAUGGAAGAGACCAGAAGGAAGCACAGCCAGCUUUCAUCACACCUGUAAUGGAAUACCAAGAGCAAAAUGGAGAUGACUAUUUAACAUGCUAUUUAUUUGGGGCUCAUCCCCUUCCAACUAUAACAUGGACAGCAAAUAACGCAACAAGCCUGGAAAGCAACAUAGAAGUUUUAUCUCACCCUCUCUUUUCUGUUAAAAGUCAACUCAAUAUCACAGGCUCAAAUUCCUCUUACCAAUGCAUUAUUGAAAAUUUGGUACUGAAUCAAAGAUGGAUUGGAAAAUGGAAAACUGAAGGUACUCUUUUAACAACAGAAGGUAAAAAAGUUUUAUUCCCAUGUAAACUUAAAAAUGAGGAUUUUUCGCCAGAGAAAAGUAUAACUGUUAGUUGGUACAGAGUAGAAAAUUCAUCCUCCACGAUCUUGGCAUCUUUCUCAAGUUCUUCAAGUAGAGUAGUCUUUGAUAAUCGAUUCACUUGGACCAAAGACAUGACGCAAGAAAAGUAUAAGUUCUCAUUGACUUUAAUGUCUCCUACUCCAUCAAAUAAUGGGAAAUACCUCUGCAACAUUUCAUCUGUAAACUAUACUGAGCUCACCGUACAACCUUUGACAGUUGAGCCAAGUCAAGGAAACUCUUUCAACAACACCUGUAUUAUUUUGUGGGCCAUUUUAGCUCCUGGUGCAGUAGUUCUAGGGCUAGUUGGAGCACUAAUAUACUGGAAGAAAAACUGUAAUUCAAACUCCAGCCCUACGGGAGAGCAAGAAGAGAGAGAGAGCAUGAAUCUUCCCAUCUGUGAAAAUCAACACCAUGAGGCACUUAAACAAUAAUUCUUCCCAUUUGGAAAAACAACAACACCUUAUCAUAAGGCCCAGAGGAGAUAUUUCAGACAAAGAAAAAUAUUUAACCAAGCACUGACUUACUGGCCUUUGAAAUUUCUACAGCAAAUGCUUGAUUCUACAAAAUCUAUUCCAAUCAUUUGGUUGGUGAAUUAUAUUUUGAUAGUACUGGCAAAAUAGCCAAAAGACAGGCAGGGCAGAAGGUAAGGAUACAGUGAAUCAGAAAAUAAGCAAAAGUCAGUAGAGAAGGUGAGACUGAAAUCAGUCAAUUUGUCUAUUUGUUAGAAACCCUGCUGGAAGGUUUGGGGAAGUGAGGAACUUGAAGUUAGUAGUUAUAAUGAGUUUGCUCUGCUGUCUCUUUUCCUGCAGAUCAUUGAUUACUGAGAUAUGUGAUAGUGUUUCCAAUAACUCUAGGAUGGACAAAAAAAAGUCUGCUUUUGACAUGGUCCUUCUUGGAAGCAUCAAACAGCUUAUAAUAAUUAUUUUUAUAUCCUGGGUGUUCUGACACAACCACAGAACAUCAGAAGCAAUCCAGAGACAGAAGACUAUGAGAACAUGUAGCCUGUUUUUUCCUCCAUAUUUAUUAAGUUUGUAUGCUUUUUAAGAUCCCGGAAAUAACUACUAGGUCUGUAUCUCAAUGACAUCAUA